UACUGGUCAGAAUGAAAGGACCUUCAUUCACGUUACUUAGAAUGGUGCCUGGCAUUCACUGUGUUCACUGUUGCUUUUUAUUAUCAUUAGUCGGGGCAAAGUGUAGCUUAUUGUCACAGUAACUUGUGUUAUUUUUUCCACUUUAUAGAUGACACACUUGAAGUCCAGAGAGGUUGCUCCGGGUCUCACAGCACCAGCCCCUUCUCCUCUGGAAUCCCGUUUUCUGCCUGUGGAGUGAAGGAGGGAGCCAGAGCGUGUCCGUAUGUCCCCAGGCUGGGAAAGCAGGGGAUCCCGGCACACCCCUGAGCCCACAGCCAGGAGGAGAUGGAGGCAGAGGGGCCGGAGCCGUCCUGACCACGACGAGCCUGGAAGAGCUGGGGCCAGCGGACCGGACGCCAGCGCUGAGGCGAGAAUCUGAGCGCAGAGCUGAGGACCCCACGUGUCUGGUCAGCCUGGCCCGGGUGCAGAGGAAGAGAGUGGCGGUGCUGUGAGCAGGCCUGGCCGUGGAGGAGCGGCGUGGGCCCCGCGCUGCCCAUGGGGCUGCAGGCCCCUGGGGCCCCUCCCCAGCCCCGCCUGCCAGGCUCCCCGCGGCCAGAGGCCUAGGCCAGCCGGCUGUCGGCGGACGGAUGCGCCCCGGGCCGCGGGCUCUCCCGAGUGGGCUGCCGGGCCGGGGUGCCGCGGGGGGACAAUGCCGGCCAAGGGGCGCUAUUUCCUCAACGAGGGCGCAGAGGGCCCGGACCAGACGGCGCUCUACGAGAAGUACCGCCUCACCAGCCAGCACGGGCCACUGCUGCUCACGCUCCUGCUGGUGGCCAUCACCGCCUGCGUCGCCCUCAUCAUCAUCACCUUCUCCUGCGGGGACCCCUCCAGACACCAGGCUGUCCUGGGGAUGGCCUUCUUCACGCUUGCCGUGUUUGUGGCUCUCUACGUGCUGGUGUAUGUUGAGUGCCUCGUCCGGCGGUGGCUCAGGGCCUUGGCGCUGCUCAUCUGGGUCUGCCUCAUGAUGCUGGGCUACACGCUGGUGUUCGACUCGUGGAUGAAGGCGGCUCCUAUCUGGGCACAGGUGCCCUUCCUCCUGUUCAUCGUCUUCGUGGUGUACACGCUGCUGCCCUUCAGCAUGCAGGGGGCCAUCGUGGCAGGGGUGAUCUCCAGCAUCUCCCACCUCCUGGUGCUUGGAGCCCUGAAGGAGGCCUUCACGAAGCCCAGCAUCCAGGUGGGACUGCAGCUGCUGGCCAAUGCGGUCAUCUUCCUGUGCGGGAACCUCACGGGCGCCUUCCACAAGCACCAGAUGCAGGACGCCUCCCGAGAGCUCUUCACCUACACCGUGAAGUGCAUCCAGAUCCGGCGUAAGCUGCGCAUCGAAAAGCGCCAGCAGGAGAACCUGCUGCUGUCCGUGCUGCCGGCCCACAUCUCCAUGGGCAUGAAGCUCGCCAUCAUCGAGCGGCUCAAGGAGCGCGGGGACCGCCGCUACAUGCCCGACAACAACUUUCACAGCCUGUACGUCAAGCGGCACCAGAACGUCAGCAUCCUCUAUGCUGACAUCGUGGGCUUCACGCGGCUGGCCAGCGACUGCUCCCCCAAAGAGCUGGUGGUGGUGCUGAACGAACUCUUCGGCAAGUUUGACCAGAUCGCCAAGGCCAAUGAGUGUAUGCGGAUCAAGAUCCUGGGGGACUGCUACUACUGCGUGUCGGGUCUGCCCGUAUCCCUGCCCACCCAUGCCCGGAACUGCGUGAAGAUGGGGCUGGACAUGUGUGAGGCCAUUAAGCAGGUGCGAGAGGCCACAGGCGUGGACAUCAGCAUGCGUGUGGGCAUACACUCAGGGAACGUGCUGUGCGGGGUCAUUGGGCUGCGCAAAUGGCAGUAUGACGUGUGGUCCCACGAUGUGUCCCUGGCCAACAGGAUGGAGGCGGCUGGAGUCCCUGGCCGGGUGCACAUCACAGAGGCGACGCUGAACCACCUGGACAAGGCGUAUGAGGUGGAGGACGGGCACGGGCAGCAGCGGGACCCCUACUUGAAAGAGAUGAACAUCCGCACCUACCUGGUCAUCGACCCCCGGAGCCGGCAGCCGCCCCCGCCCAGCCAGCACCUCCCCAAGCCCAAGGGGGACGCGGCCCUAAAGAUGCGGGCAUCCGUGCGCAUGACCCGCUACCUCGAGUCCUGGGGGGCCGCGCGGCCCUUUGCUCACCUCAACCACCGUGAGAGCGUGAGCAGCGGCGAGACCCCCGUCCCCAGCGGGCGGAGGCCCAAGACCAUUCCCCUGCGGCGCCACCGGACCCCUGACAGGAGCACGUCCCCCAAGGGGCGGUCGGAGGACGACUCGUACGACGAGGAGAUGCUGUCAGCCAUCGAGGGGCUGAGCUCCACGAGGCCCUGCUGCUCCAAGUCCGAUGACUUCUACACCCUCGGGUCCAUCUUCCUGGAGAAGGACUUCGAGCGAGAGUACCGCCUGGCGCCCAUCCCCCGGGCGCGGCACUACUUCGCCUGUGCCAGCCUCGUCUUCGUCUGCAUCCUGCUGGUCCAGGCCCUGCUCAUGCCCAGGAUGGCGGCUCUGGGUGUGUCCUUUGGGCUGGUGGCCUGCGUGCUGGCGCUGGUGUUGGGCCUGUGCUUUGCCCACGAGUUCUUGAAGUGCUGCCCGGCCUGGGGGAUGUUGCAGGCCAUCUCCGAGAGCGUGGAGACCCAGCCCCUGCUGCGCCUGUCCCUGGCCGUCCUGACUAUUGGCAGCCUGCUCAGCAUCGCCAUCGUCAACCUGCCGCUGAUGCCUUUCUCGGCCCCGGGGCUGCCUGCGGGCAACCAGACGAGCCCGAGGCCUGGGAGCAACAUGUGCGGGCUCCUCCCGUAUUACACCUGUAGCUGCAUCCUCGCCUUUGUCGCUUGCUCGGUCUUCCUGCGGAUGAGCCUGGAGCUGAAGGUCGUGCUCUUGACCGUGGCCUUGGUGGCCUACCUGGUGCUCUUCAACAUCUCCCCGUGCUGGCAGUCGGACUGCUGUGGCCACGUUGUGGACAACCUCACCGAGACCAACGGGACCCUCAGCUCCCCGUUCUGUGUGUGGAAGGACGCGAAGGCGAUGACCAAUUUCUACCUGGUUCUGUUCUACGUCACCCUCCUCAUGCUCUCCAGACAGAUUGACUACUACUGCCGCUUGGACUGUUUGUGGAAGAAGAAGUUCAAGAAGGAACACGAGGAGUUUGAAACCAUGGAGAAUGUGAACCGCCUUCUUCUGGAGAAUGUCUUGCCAGCCCACGUGGCCGCUCACUUCAUUGGUGACAAGUUAAAUGAGGACUGGUACCAUCAGUCCUACGACUGCGUGUGUGUCAUGUUCGCGUCCGUGCCGGACUUCAAAGUCUUCUACACGGAGUGCGACGUCAACAAGGAGGGGCUGGAGUGUCUGCGCCUGCUGAACGAGAUCAUUGCCGACUUCGACGAGCUGCUUCUAAAGCCCAAGUUCAGCAGCGUGGAGAAGAUCAAGACCAUCGGCAGCACAUACAUGGCAGCCGCAGGGCUCAGCAGCCCCUCAGGGACUGAGAACCAGGACCUGGAGCGGCAGCAUGCGCACAUCGGCAUCAUGGUGGACUUCAGCAUCGCCCUGAUGAGCAAGCUGGACGGCAUCAACCGGCAUUCUUUCAACUCCUUCCGCCUCCGAGUUGGCAUAAACCACGGGCCCGUGAUUGCUGGAGUGAUUGGGGCACGAAAGCCUCAGUAUGACAUCUGGGGAAACACGGUCAACGUUGCCAGCCGGAUGGAGAGCACUGGAGAACUUGGCAAGAUCCAGGUUACUGAAGAAACAUGCACCAUCCUCCAGGGACUAGGUUAUUCUUGCGAGUGCCGGGGACUGAUCAACGUCAAAGGCAAAGGCGAACUGAGGACUUACUUUGUCUGUACAGACACUGCCAAGUUCCAAGGAUUGGGACUCAACUGAGGGCUUCUGGUAGGUGCAGAACAUGCUGGCAGCGGAUUUCCUUCCCUGAGGCAAGCCAAGGGGAGCACUCAGCCACACGCCAGUCACAAAGGCAUUCCAAGGGUUUGGCUAUGUGGAGCUUCCUCGGAUUUGUGCUAGAGGAUUCCUGGGAACAUGCAUCAGACCCUCACCUGAGGCAACCACGGAGCCUUGCCACCCACAGGCAGCCAGGACCUCUGUGCCGUCCGAGUCUGCACCACAGCUUCUAGACAGCGUGGACAGGCUCACUCACGAGGUUCGGAUGCUCAGUCCCCUCGGGGCUGUGGCGAUCUCGGAGCAUGAGCCAUACAUACCCUGCCUGGCCUGCGAGCUGCACACGCGGGCCCGGUCUUUUCUAGGUACAGAACUAGGACAAGUUGUCCAGGACGGGCUGGGUACUCCUUUCUGCCCCAGCGGAUCAGCCACAGGAUUCUGCAUUGCUCACACAGGCAUUUCGGUAAAUAGAGCUGAUAAGGCUGUUUUCAAUCUGUGGUUUCAUGCAGCAGGGAGGAAAAACCACAGCGGGCACCUGCUACCUCUUGUCAUCUCUGGCGUGUCUGUUUUAAAUGGCUAUACUAUUGGUGGAGGUUUUAUCCUUUUUAAUGAGUUCUUAGAUGCUAGACAAAGUCUCUUCCCUCCAGCGUACUGUCUUUUUAACCACUGACACGGAAGGAGAACCUACCGUCCAGUGUCCGGGGGUUGGGCCUGGAGUGUGGCUCACGGCAAGAAGGCAGGCGGUGGCGUGGCCCAGGAAAUGAGGCACCACCUCCUACCCCCUCCCCGACUGCUCCCCCGUGUGUGGGGCUCUCCCCUGCAGUCUUCCGCUAAAUCUUCGCUUCUGUGGUGGAAAGGAAUGGAAUCUGUGCAGACAGGACGCAGGCAACCUGUAGCACUUCUUUUCUUUUCUUUAGUCCUCACACCUAACUUGAAGAGCUUCAAAACGAAAAGCUUCUGCUCCACAUGAGCGUGCAAAGAGGUUCCCGUAUGUGGGAAGCCAGCCCGCUCGGAAAUGCUGGGCUGGUCUUGCUCUGAACCGCAUGAAUCAAGGCAAGUGCGAAAUGCCAGGUCCGCGAGAUGCAUCUCACAGCACUUCAAUUUUCAAAGACUCAGAAGUUGGCUUGAGUUGUGUUUCCAGGUGAGAAGGAACCAAACUGCCCAUUCCUUUUUCUGGAUCAGCUUUGCUGCCUCAUCAGCAGUGCGCGCCCGGGGUUUCUCACACAGCUGCAUUUCACUGCAGAGCAGGGAUUCCCAGCUCGGGGUCCUCCGGGAACCCCCAGCCAUUACAGGAAAUCUUGCAUAUGGGAAGCUUCAAAAGCGGACACAGGGUUGCAGCCAAGGGCAGGGAGGACUGAAGGUGAACCCGCUGUCUGCUCGGGCCAUGUCUGCGGCUUAUCAGCCUGAGAAGGGGCUUAUCUCGUUUGCCCAGAGGAGCCGGAUGCGCUAGCGGCUGAGGCUUGCGUGUCACUGGGAGAGAGAUGAAUGAAUUACAGGAACUUGCUGUACAAAGGAAUUUUAUGGCAAAAAUGCUGUUAAGGGAUAACCUCACUUAAAAACUGCUUUUCUGCACCAACUUUUCAUAUAAAGGGCUGGUGUCGGGUGAGUACUACACCGCGACCCGGACACUUAAAUCGGCAGCGACCAGGGCCGCUCAGCAGGGCUCUCCUCGGAGGUCAGGAAGGUUCUGUCACGGAUACGAUACUGGACACACCUAAGCAUGCUGGGUCUCUCUGAGGUGGGCCUACUUCUACUCUUGCAAUAUUAAAUUACUUUUUUCCUCCA